AUGGCACCAUCCUGGACACAUCUCAUUAGAUUCAUCGCAGAAGAAGAUGGCCAGACUCAUCUCGGGCAGAUCGACUCCUCCAAGUACCCAGAUGUAGGACUCUCUGCUUUCAAGGGCGAGCGCAUCACCGCCAAGGUCAUCAAUGGCACGAUAUACGAUGGGGUCGUCACGGAUAGGGUCCUGACCGUAUCCAAGCUCCUCUCCCCUAUUUCCCAAGAACAAACCCCGAUCAUCCGCUGCCUCGGUCUCAACUACCGCGACCAUGCCAAAGAAGCCAACAUGCCCAUCCCCGACUACCCCGUCCUUUUCAUCAAGCCCCGCACUGCCCUGAUGGGCUCCUAUCCCGAGAAGAUUGUCGUGCCGAAGGUCGCCCAGGACGGAUCUAGCGACUACGAAGCAGAGCUCACGAUCAUUAUCUCUAAGACCGGAAAAGAUAUCCCGGAAAAAGAUGCCAUGGACUAUAUCCUAGGUUAUACCUGCGGUAACGAUGUCAGCGCGCGCACGGAACAAUUUAGAAAUAGCCAGUGGUCGUUCUCGAAAGGUAUGGACUCAUCCGCGCCCAUCGGUCCAGUCCUGGUCUCGCAUUCCGCGAUCAAAGAUCCGCAUAAUGUCCGCAUCAAAGCCAUCCACAACGGCAACGUUGUCCAGGAUUCAAACACAAACGAGAUGAUCUUCUCCCUCCCCAAAACGAUCGCUUUCCUUUCCCAAGGAACAACCCUCGAGCAAGGAACCGUCAUCAUGACUGGAACCCCGCCUGGUAUCGGCUGCAUGCGUGACCCGAAAGUUGUCCUGCGACAUGGUGACGAUAUGCGCGUGGAGAUUGAGAACAUAGGGACUUUAAUCAAUGAGAUUGCUUACGAGUAA